UAAACUAAAAUAACGAAAUGAUGGCUUGUGGGAGUGUAAACCUUCCUCCUGGCUUUUGCUUCUCUCCAACUGAUGAAGAACUUCUCCUUCACUUUCUUUAUCCAAAAACCUCUCUGCCAUGCCAUCCCAACAUCAUUCCAGACCUUGACCUCUCUCUGCAGGAUCCAUGGCACUUAAAUGGUAAAGCGUUGUCAAGUGGAAAUCAACACUAUUUCUUCAGCAGAGCGAAGGAAAACAGAUCCACGGAAAAUGGGUAUUGGAAGGAAAUAGGACUGACAGAAGCAAUAGUAUCAUCUGCAUCUGAAAAAGUGGGGUUGAAGAAGUACCUUGUGUUCAACCUUGGUGAAGCUCCACAAGGCACUGAAACAAGUUGGUUCAUGCAAGAGUAUCAUAUUUGCUCAUCCAGUUUUACCACUGCAUCUUGUGGAACUACUCGAGGAAGAAGAAAAUCUGAUCAGUGUAGGAGUAAAUGGGUUUUGUGCAAAGCCUAUGAGAAGAAAAGUUGUGAAGGGCAACAAGGUGUAAAUUGUGAGAAGGAUGAGAAUGACAGUGGAACUGAGCUUUCAUGGCUAGAUGAAUUUUAUAUGUCAUUAGAUGAUGACCUUGAAGAAGUUAUGAGCCUUCCAAAUUAG